AGUUUACAUAUUGCGCAUCACGUGCAAUGCGUCAACAGAUAAAAAAUACAACAGACAGAACUUACUGGCAGCUGCAAAAUGUCGGGUAAACAACACUUUCCUGUGGAUACAUUAUCUCCACCUCCUACCGCCAAAAGUACCAACAUGUACAACCGGUAAACUAUGCAUUUUCAGGAGUGGUUACAGUCCCUUCACUCCAGUGGGGGGGUUCGGGGACCUGUGAGGGAGGACUUCUGGAGCCUUCUCCCCUCUCUCCCUUCGUCAUCAUCUUUCUCCCUCUCCUCCCUCUCUCGGUCCCCCUCCUCUCUGCUGGGUAUAGGGGCUCUGGCCUCCCUCACUGCAUACUGGCUGGUGACCCGCCGUCGGCCCAUGCAGCCCCCCUGUGAUCUCAAUGCCCAGUCUAUCGCUGUACAGUCUGUGUUGCAGGGAGAGCCCAAUUGGAGGCGUUCAGCUUUGCUCAAGGACGAUGCCCUGUUGGAGUUCUACUAUGAUGACACCAGGACAGCCUAUGACAUGUUCCAGAGAGGACUGAGGGUGGCAGGGGACGGCCCAUGCCUUGGCUUCAGGAAACCUGGGGAGCCUUACCAGUGGAUCUCCUACACUGAGGUGGCUGAACAGGCACAGGUGCUGGGCUCUGGGCUUUUGGGCAAAGGCUGCCAACCAAACCCUGAGCAGUUUGUUGGAAUAUUUGCCCAGAACAGACCAGAGUGGAUAAUUUCAGAGCUGGCCUGCUACACUUUCUCUAUGGCAGUGGUGCCCCUGUAUGACACACUUGGAGAGGAGGCCAUGGUGCAUAUCCUCAACCUGGCGGAGAUCUCACUGGUGAUCUGUGACAAGGAGGAGAAGGCAGAGUCCCUUCUGGGGAAUAAGGAGAAAGGUGCAACACCCACUCUCUCCUGUCUGGUGCUCUUUAAUGACUGCAGUGAUGCCAUAGUGGAGAGGGGAAAGAACUGUGGAGUGGAGAUCCUAGAACUCACACAGCUCAUGGUACUUGGACGACAGAACCUCAAAGAUCCUAUGCCACCGAAACCCCAGGACCUAGCAGUCGUGUGCUUCACCAGUGGAACCACAGGAAAGCCGAAGGGAGCCAUGAUCACCCACGGCAACAUCGCCUCCAACUCCUCCUCUGUUAUUAAGAUCCUGGAGGGGUCAUUUUUUAUUCGGCAAGAAGACGUGUCAAUCUCUUACUUGCCUCUUGCCCACAUGUUUGAGAGGAUGAUUCAGGUGUCCAUGUUCUGUCAUGGGGCCAGGGUAGGAUUCUACCAGGGGGAUAUCUCCCUGCUCAUGGACGAUAUUAAGACUCUGAAACCUACUUUCUUCCCAGUGGUGCCUCGCCUACUCAACCGCAUCUACGACAAGAUCUUAGGCUCUGUGACGUCCCCAUUGCGCCGGGCAGUGCUGCACUAUGCAGUGAGAAGGAAGCAGGCUGAGCUCAGCAGUGGGGUUGUACGUAACAACAGUCUGUGGGACAGGCUGGUAUUCAACAGGAUUCAGGAUAAUUUAGGAGGUAAUCUGAGGUUCAUCCUGACUGCCUCGGCCCCCAUCUCCCCCACCGUGCUCUCCUUCCUCAGGGCCACCCUCGGCUGUCUGAUCUUCGAGGGUUACGGGCAGACUGAAUGCACAGCAGGCUGCACCUUCUCCAUGCCAGGAGACUGGAGUGCAGGCCAUGUUGGCGCUCCCCUGCCCUGUGCAAUGGUGAAGUUGGUUGACAUCCCUGAUAUGAACUAUUAUGCCAAGAAUGGAGAAGGAGAGAUCUGUAUCCGUGGCCACAGUGUGUUCCGGGGUUACCUGAAGGAUGAGGAGAAAACAGCAGAGGCCCUGGAUAGUGAUGGCUGGCUGCACAGUGGAGAUGUGGGCCAGUGGUUACUGAACGGGACACUUCGCAUCAUCGACAGGAAGAAGCACAUCUUCAAGCUGUCCCAGGGAGAGUACAUUGCCCCUGAAAGGAUUGAGAACAUCUACAUGCGUUGUGUCCCUGUGCUACAGGUCUUUGUGCACGGUGACAGCUUAAAGUCUCACCUGAUUGGUAUUGUUGUGCCAGACCCAGAAGUGUUUAUUGAUUGGGUUAAGGAGAGGGGAAUCAUUGGAUCCUACAAGGAGCUCUGCCAGCAUCCAGAUGUGAAGAAAGCAGUGUUAGAAGACAUGACAGCCGUGGGGAAGGAAGCUGGGCUGAAGUCUUUUGAGCAGCUGAAGGACCUGCACCUGCAUCCAGAGAUGUUCAGUGUUAGCAACGGCCUUCUCACCCCCACUCUGAAGAGCAGACGAGUGGACAUCCGCAGGGUCUUCCAGGAACAGAUCACAAACAUGUACAGCACAACAGCCAUCUAGUAGACCUCAAACCAAUGUAAUACACUCACUCCACUGUAAUACACUCACUCCACUGACAUUUACCUGAACUGUAUGUUUCCUGUCACUAGACAAAGAUAUGCAGUUUGCUGGAUCUCACGGUCUAUAGUACUAAAAACUGAGCAUGUAGCCAAGACAACAGACAUUCCUACAGUACUUAGCUCAAAUACUAUCAAACACAUUUGGUACGGUUUCGGGGAAUUUCAAUUUGACUCCACUUUCAGUUCGACACCAUGCUGCUUCUUGUACAUCAGUAUGUUAAAUGUAUUUUCAUUGUUUACAUAUCAUAGACAGGAACAACAUUGAAUGGGACCAAACCAUUUUUGCUCCAAUGUUGUCCACGCAGAAAACCUAGCCAUAGAAAUAGCUACAGCUCCACUGUAGAGAGCAGUGGGCAAGUAGACACUACCUGGGCCUGUUAAUGGCCUCCUGGAUCACACUUCCGUCCUUCUGAUUAAUAUAGAGAAUCUAAACCUCUGGGAGGCUGCUUUUGAAGUGUACAUUACUUACUCUGAUUCUAGAUAUGACAGUCUAGUGUUCUCAGUGAAACAGUGAAUGAGUUACAGUAGCUCAUUCCAAAUCAGACCACCGUCAUUUAUCCAAGGUUAUAUGAGGGAUUAAAGUGAAAUGUUACCCUUGAUAUCAUUUAUGUAGUUACAAAUUGACUAUUUAAUGGUAAGUAUAUUUUUAGCGGUAAACAUUAAUAAUGCUGAUGAAAUAGGCUCACUGGCCACUAUUUUAACUAACAAUUCCCAACCAUGUAGAAAUAUUCUUGUACGUUUCCCUGAAUAAAGAAAUGAUGAUUGUCA